ACGCGCAGCUCCGCCCCCGCCCCCCCAAGCCCGCGCUGUCUCCGCGCAGCCGCAGUGCGCCCGGCGCGCCGUGUCCCUCCGCGCUCCCCUCCCGCCUCUCCCGGCGCUUUUCCCCGGUGUUUUUUAGGGUUUCUUCCCGGUUGUCCCGGUUCUUUCCGGCGGCGGGGGACGCGGGGAGAGCGGUGGUUGCGCGCAGGCGGAGCUUUGUGUUGUUCUUGGAAAGUUUCGCACCACUUGUGAAUUCCCUGAACCUUGGCCUUGCCAGCCCCUUUGUGUUGGGCCCUCCUCCUUUUCAGCUUGCCCAAAUUAAGACCCACUUGGCUCUCCAGCACUUGGCUGCCAGCGGCGGGCGGGCACCUCCCCACGCUGGCGUCCACCAGGCAUUGCUGAAAGACGCAAUGUUUAGCCCCAGAGGAACCUUGCCCCCGAGGCCCAGAGGACCCAACCCGUCGGGCACCAAAGCCCCGGCAGCUUUCGGGGCCGGAGGCGCGGCGGGGCCGCCCAGGAAAGCCGCGCCCGCGACGCCCCAAGCAGCGCCCCAAAGAUUCUCGGGGCAGGACGCGCAGCAGUGGACGGGAUCGCAGAGGAUCAACGUCCGCGUCACGCUGCACAGGGCCGAUCCCAGGAAAGUCAAGGAGAAGAGCAGCCUGCACCAGGAGCAGAAGGGAGACCCGCGUGCCAAUCGCUGGGAUGGCGGCCCCAGCACCGCUGGGCCGAAGCCGCCCGGCCCGGCGCCGGUCUUGGAGCAGAAUUCCAACCCCCAGAACCGCUACACGCCCGAAAGCGCCUCCAGCAUUUUAGCGAGCUUCGGUUUGUCCAACGAAGACCUGGAAGAGCUGAGCCGCUACCCCGACGACCAGCUGACGCCUGAGAACAUGCCGAGGAUCCUGCGGGAGAUCCGCAUCCGGAAGCUGGGCCACGCCGUGCCCGGCCUGCACGCUCCGAACCGCGGUGACGAGCCGGCGGGCGACAGUGGCAGCACCGCCGUCAAGGGCAAAGUGAUCGACUACGGCCACGCCAGCAAGUACGGCUACACCGAGGACCCGCUGGAGAUCCGCACCUACAACCCCGAGGCGCUGCCCGAGGAGCCGCUGGAAGCGCGUGUCUACAAUCCCGAAAGCUCGAAUGCGGAGAACCGGGAAGAGUUCCAGCGGGAGCAGAGCGUGCCGGUGGCCGUCCCACAGCCACCGCCGCCACCACCGCCGCCCAACGUGCCGUGCAACCCCGUGUUCCCGGCCGAAGAAAUCAUCAAGCUGCCGGCGUUCCCCGCCGACUCCUCACCCGCUCCGCCGUUUUUCCCGGCCGAGCCGCCGGCCAAGGUGCCGGGGCUGUGCGGCGCCGCGCCUGCCGCGCUGCCGGUGGUGAAGCCGGUGUCCCAGCCGCCCAUGCCGCCGGUGCUGCCGCCCAUACUGCCGGCACUGCUGCCCACGCCCAUGCCGCAGCCCAUGCUGCCGCCGGUGAUGCCGCCGCUGGUCCAGCCGCCCGUCACCCAGCACGUGUUGCCGCCCUUGCCAACGCCGCCCUUCUCGGCCGGGCUCUUGGCCGCCAUCAGCCAACACGAGCAGAAGCAGCGCAACAGCGGCAGCGCCCAUCCCGCGCCCGGCGCUGCCGGCGGGACCUCGGCGGGACACAAACCCUUCCACAAACCCUUCCAGUCGGCCAUGGAUGAGCCCAUCAAAUCCCCGUUCGGGGUGGUGAAGGCGUCCUGGCUGCCUGUGUUCCCAGACUCGAAGAGCAAACGCCUGCCCACCCCGUCCAUGAUGAACGACUACUAUGCCACGUCGCCGCGAAUAUUCCCACAUUUGUGUUCUCUGUGUAACCUUGAAUGCACUCAUAUGAAGGAUUGGAUCCUGCACCAGAACAACCCUGCCCACCUCGAGAGCUGCCGCAGGCUGCGCCAACAGUAUCCCGAGUGGAAUCCUGAGGCUCACUCCUCCAACAGGAAUGCCGCCGACCGCAAGGAGAACCGCACCCCCAAGCACCGCUCCAGCUCGUCCAGCCCGAGCCGGCGCCGCUGCCGCCCCUCGGGCAGCUCCGGCGGCUCCUCCCGCCCGUCCUGCUCCUCCAGCUCCUCCUCGGGCAGCUCGGCGCUGCGCCGGCUCCGCUCCCGCUCCCGCAGCCCGCCGCGCUUCCGCCGGCCCCGCUCCCGCAGCCCGCGGCACCUGCGGCGCCUGAGCCCGCGGCACCCGAGCCCGCGGCACCCGAGCCCGCGGCACCGCUCCCGCUCCCGCUCGCCGCAGCGCGGCCGCGGCCCGCCCCGGCCCGGCCCGAGGGCGCGGGGAUCGCCCAGCUCCGAGCGCUGCUCCCGCCGCUGCAGCCGCUCCGAAGACAGAAAAGCAGCUCUGGAAGCCGUGAUGAAAACCUUGGGACCGGGAUUUUUGGCCGAGUUUAAAAAACACAAAUCCCUGCAGGCAGCGGUUCAGGAAUCCUUAAGCUCAGGAAAAUCCCAUGGAACUCCCAGCAGGACCAGUGGGAAUGGCAAAAAAAUUCCCAAAAUUUCCAGAAAAGAUGGAGCAGCUGGAGCAGGGCCCAGCUCAUCCCAGGAAUCCGAGGGGAAUGUCCCAAAAAAAGAGAGGGAAGAGGAGGAGGAGGCGUCGGGGAAAAAUCAUCCUGCGUCCUAUAACAGGCUGCUGAGGGAGGACCUGCUGAGCUGUGGCACCGUGCUGCAGAUCUCGGAUUUGCCCGACGACGGAUUUUCCGACCAGGACAUCAAAAAACUCGUCCAACCCUUUGGAAAAGUCAGUGACCUCAUCGUGCUGCGCUCCAGGAACGAGGCGUACCUGGAGAUGAAUUACAAGGAGGCCGUGAUCGCCGCUGUCAAGUUCGGGGAGACGGCGCCGGUUCUGCUCAACGGGAAACGCGUUCGGAUCAGCGUGGCCGAGAGACCGCGGGCGGCGGCGCAGGUGAAAAAAACAGUGAAAAAGAAAGUCCUGAAUCCCAAAAAAACUCCAACAAGCACCAAGAAGGUUCCAAGCACCAGCACCAAGAACUCAAAAACCUUGACAGGGAAAAAGGAAAAAGUGAAGAAAGUGUCGGGAGAGAAGAAAGUCAAGAAAACCACAAAUGUGGGAGGAAAAGCUGCAGCCGAGGCCGCGCAGGAAAUUCCGGAAUCGGAGCCGCCCGAUCCCAAAAAUCCCAAUCCCAAAAAUCCCCCAGAACAGGAUGGGAUGGGGGAGCCUGGGACAGCCCCAGAGGCUGAGCCUGGGCCAGAGCCCAUGGCCAGCGAGGAACCCACGGACCCAGGAGGGGAGGAUCCCGAGGAAUCCUGUGUGCUGCUGAUCUCCAACCUCCCUGACAAGGGCUGCUCCCCUGAGGAAAUCUCCAACCUGGCCAAGCCCUUCGGGGGCCUGCGGGACCUGCUCAUCCUCUCUUCCCAUAAAAAGGCGUACGUGGAGCUGGCGCGGCGCGGCGCCGAGGCCAUGGCGCGGUUCUACGGCUGCUUCCCCAUGGCCAUGGAGGGCAACCAGCUCAGCGUGCAGCCGGAGCCGCGGCACCGCAGCCUGGGGGACGAGGAGGCGAUUUUUAUUGCUCUCAUCAAAGAUUCCGAUCCCAAGGUGGAUGCUGCCUCUCUGCGCUCCCAGCUCGUUCACCUGGGGAACCUCCCGGCCGAGGGGUUCCGGGAGCUGGAGGUGGUUUGUGCCGGGCUGCGCUUCGGCAAGGUGGAGCACUACGCCGUGCUCAGCAACCGCCAGCGGGCCAUCCUGCAGCUGGACAGCCCCAAAUCAGCACGGUACAUGCACAGUUUCCUGCAGCAGUACCCCUAUUCCAUGGGGGAGCACACACUCACCUGCUCCUUGUCCUGCCAUGCGGACACUCCUGAGGCUGAAAGUGGGAAAAGGGAAGUGAAGAGAGAGGAAGGGAGCAAAGCAAGCUCUGGCUUGAAAAAAAUCCCAGAGGGAUCGGGAACGGUGCAAAAAACACCCGGAAGUCCAUCAGGAGAGCCCAGGAAAGGCCAAAAUCCCAGCCCAGAUGUCCCAGAGGAGAUUCCAGCAGGACAGCUGGAGAUUCCAGAGUCCCAGCAAGGAGGAGCAGGGAUGGAUGUGGAGGGACUGGAUCCUGGAAUUGGAAUUCCCGUGGAUCCUGCUGGCAGCAAAUCGCCCGGAACGAGGGCGGAGGAGAAACCCGGAGCGGGGAAGGAGGAGGCUCGGGAUGAGCCAGAGCUGGAAAUCCAAAAGGAGGAUGAGGAGCCCUCUGCUCCUGCUGUGGAUCCUCUGGAAUCUUCCAGCAAAGGGAUCCCAGCUGGAGGAACACCAGGAGCCAUCCCUGGAAUGUCCCCGAGCUCGGACGAGGCUCCUGCGACGUCACCCGGUGUCACCCAGCCCAGCACGGAGCCGACUGCUCCAGAAAACACUCCUGUUCCUGAGGCUGGGAAAAGCAGCUGUGAAACAUCCACGGAGAGGACAGCUGUCCCAAAAAUUGGGGAUGCUCCAGGGAGAAACUGGGAUGUGGCUGGAGCAGAGAAAGAGGGGACGGCGGAGGAAUCCGUGCUCAAAAUGGGGGAAAAUCCGGGGACAAAAGCUGGGACAGAGCUGGAGAAAACACCUGGAAAAACGUUCUGCAAGGGUGGGGAAAACUCUGGGAAUGCUGCUGGGGAGAUCCAUGUGGGAAGUUCGGUUAAAAUCCCACCAAAUAAAGGGGUGGGAGCUGCAAAAUCCGACGAAAGCCACGCUGCAGCUCCGGUAGAUCCCGCUGGAUCCGUGAAGGAAUCUUGCGCUGGGAAAACCAUUCUGAAGGCGGUGGUGUCCGUCCCAGAUAUCCUGAAACAGAGAAUUCCUGUCAGGAUCACUGAGCCUUCCCCGGGAAAAGCUGGGGAGCAGAAAAUCCCCCCCAAAACGGGACUGGAGAAGAAAAUCUCAGGCAAAACCGUGGCUCAGCCUGGAGCUGGGAACAACCAGUGGAAAGGGAAUGGAAAUUCCGGGAUGGAUGCACAGGGAGAUGGUGGGAAGAGCUCAUCCCAGCAGGAAAAGGAUUCCCAGCUGGAAUCUCGGGCAAAUUCAAAGCAGCAGGGGGAGAGUGGAACAUCUGGAACAUCUGGCACGAGAGAAAAUCCCGGCGGGAAUCAGGCUCCUGGUGGGGGCGGUGCUGCAGCUUGGAAAGGCAGUGCUGGAAAACAGAAGGAGGAGGAAGAGCUCUUCCCCUUCAACCUGGACGAGUUUGUCACGGUGGACGAGGUGCUGGAGGACGCCGAGUCUCCGGUGACGCCGCGGCGAAACCCCCCGAGGGGGAAGAGAAAAGAAACGCCCAAAGCCAACCCUUCGGAGCCGGCGUCCAAGAAGAGGAGAGGGAAGAGUUGCGGAGCCGAAGGUGAGCUGUCCUUUGUCACCUUGGAUGAGAUCGGGGAGGAGGAGGAGGAGGAGGAGGAGGAGGACGCGCCGGCGCCGCUGCCGGGCGUCGACCCGCGGGGCCUGGUGGUGGUGGAUGAGGUGGUGGAAGAGGAGGAGCUGUCGGAAGCGGUGAAGGAUCCGCAGGCGCUGCUGACGCUGGAUGAGAUCUCGGAGCAGGAGGAGCCGGGAGCCCACGGGCCCCGGGCGGAGUUUGAGGAGCGGGAGCUGAAGGCAGAGCCCUUGGUGACCGUGGAUGAGAUCGGCGAGGUGGAGGAGCUGCCCCUCAACGAGCCGCCCGCGCUCAGCGCCGCCGAGGAGGGAAAGGCCCAUCCCGGGGACUGCGCCGCCUCCCAGGUGCCCGACGACCCCAACGCCCUGGUGACCGUGGAUGAGAUCCAGGAGGACAACGAGGACAAUCCUCUGGUGACUCUGGAUGAGGUCAACGAGGAUGAGGAUGAUUUCCUGGCCGACUUCAAUCACCUCAAAGAGGAACUGAACUUCGUUACGGUCGAUGAAGUCGGUGACGAGGAAGAAGAAAACACCUUCCCAGGGAAGAACCUGCCUGAAGAUGAAGAUGAUGAAGAUAUUGUUGCUGUUGCAGGACCAGAAGAAUUGGGGAUUCUGGGAGAUACAAAUCCAGAGGAGGAAAUGGCUGAAAUCUCCAAGCCAAAAGCAGCUCAGCUGGGAUCAGAAGAUGCAGAACCAAAAUCUCAGCAGAAGAAAACGACUUUUCCAGGUGUCCCCAGGACACAGAGCACUCCCAAAGCUCUGGAUAUCCUGGUGCCAAAGGCUGGAUUCUUCUGCCAGAUCUGCUCCCUCUUCUACGCCGACGAACCCUCCAUGAUCAACCACUGCAGGACCCCCCUGCACAGGCAGAACAUGGAGAAAUUCAUGGCCAAGCAGCAGGAUAACAGCGGGGAGGAGCCGAGCUCCAGGUGAUGGACGACGCUUUGGGGCCAGUCAGUUCUGUGUGUUUGGAUUUCCCUUAGAAUUUGGGGUCAGGAAGGAGCAUCCAUGGUGUAAAAACUCAGUGCUGGGAACAGACUAAAACCCAAACCAGGAGAGGGUUGGAUUUGUGUUUCCAAUCAUCCGACGUGGGAGAGACUUGCAGGUGUCCCCAGGAAAUAAAUGUUCUCAUUGUAUAGUUA